AUGUCGAAAGGUGGUAAUGAUAUCGCAUGCGGCAAGAGCAAGCUGGAGGAUAGACAACAGCGUGCAUAUGCGGUUUGGGUGUCUGAGAUUAUGCUGCAGCAAACGCAGGUCAAGACGGUGAUUGACUACUACACACGCUGGAUGGCCAAGUGGCCCACCCUAAAGGAUCUGGCGCAGGCCACGCCCGACGAUGUCCAGCAGAUGUGGGCUGGCCUCGGAUACUACUCCCGCGGCAGGCGACUGCUUCAAGGUGCCAAACAUGUGGAGGAGAAGCUGAACGGCAGAAUACCAGAGACGUACAAGGGACUGUUAUCUGAGCUGCCGGGCGUUGGCCCAUACACAGCGGCUGCCAUUGCCUCCAUCGCCUUUGGAUGCGUUAAAGGCGUUGUUGACGGCAACGUGCUUCGCGUCCUCGCCCGUCUCCGUCGCAUCACCCAGCCCAUCGACACCACCCCAGUGCAGAAGGCCAUGCAGGCGCUAUCUGAUGCGCUGGUUGACCCGUCACGCCCCGGCGACUUCAAUCAGGCUGUCAUGGAGCUUGGUGCAACCACGUGCACGCCCAAGGCACCAAACUGCACUGCAUGCCCGCUCGCGUCCCUCUGCCAGUCCCAUCGCUUGCACGCGCGCGCAGCGACGGGGAAGACGGCUGUUGCCUCCGACCCCACCUGUAACCUGUGCUCCUCUCACGCCAUCGCCGAUAUUGCCACCACCGAUCUUCCCCGCAAGAAACCAAAGAAACAGAGCCCUGUCAUCGACUUGUGGUGUCUUCACAUCCGCACGCAGCGCGACAAGGUGUUGCUACUUCGCAACCCAGACACGGGUCUGCUGGCCAGUUCUUGGACGUUUCCCUGCGUUGCCCACACCGAGCAUGCGACGCCACAUGCUGCCGUGGGCACCCUGUUGCCGUCUGUAAAGAAAGCAGAUGUUGUGCACACCAACCAUGUUGUUGAGCAUGUGUUUUCGCACCGCAAGCACCGCUACCACGUGCUGCACGUGUCGUGUGGUGGCGAUGACGAGGUCCGUUGCUCGGACGACCACAACGAUCGCUCGCAAUGGGUGCACAAGACGCGCGUUGCUGCCACGCUCACAACCACCAACAUGAAGAAGGUUUGGGAGAAGGUCAAGGCGUGGCGCAAGAAACAGGGCGGAGGAAUUGUGGCGGCACUCAAGCGCGCAUCGUCAACACCCGCACCCAGGCCUUAGCUUGCUGCAGCUUUUGUGUGAGUGUGUGUGUGUGUGGCUGUUGUGCGUGUGUGUGUCUGUGUCUGUGUGUGCCCACCUGCCUGCCUUCACAAUAUGUGUACACCUUCCUUUUGUUUGCCAGCUGCCUACGUCCUCGCAAUAACUGCAACAACGCAACCAAG